AUGGCGGACACUAUACGUACUUUAGCAGCUCAAUACUUCCAAUUGGUUGACCCACCACAUCUAUCUCUCCCACCAGACAAUGUUCUCCUACGCCCCGAGGUCCAGACAGCACUAUAUGAGCACAUGUUCGAUGAAUCAUUAACCCCACUACCACCACCAACAUAUCGAACUCGAAUUCUCAAGCUGCUCAUUGCACGUAUCGAGAAUGCUAUCAUAGAUCCAGAAGAGGAUGAAAUUCUCGAUGAUCUCAUGUCAUGCUGGGGUACUCUACUUGCUCAACCAAAACCAAGUGCGAUAGAAGCAGCACAGCAACUUUCGCAUGUCAAAUACACUGCUCCACUCCAAACACAAUCUCCUGCAAAUUCAACACAACCACCAUCCCCCUCGUCUACAUCCGAAUCCACAAUCUCUUCAGAAAGAACUGUCAUUACUGUCGAAUCGCGCGGCGUCAUUCUCUCUGGCGGUACAACCGGCAACCGCACAUGGGAAGCGGCACUCCAUCUAGGCUCAUUCCUCGCUUCUCCAGCUGGAAAAGCUCUCGUGCACGGGAAAAGAGUGAUUGAACUUGGCGCAGGAACAGGAUUCAUUUCUCUAUUCUGUGCGCGACAUCUCGGGGUACGCAGUGUUGUUGCGACGGAUCGAGAACCUGUCCUCAUUGAGAAUAUGAGGGAGUGUGUGCGCUUGAAUUCGGGAUCCGGUUAUAAAAACUCAGAAUCUGUCUUUGCGGAUAAGGGACUGAUUCCCAUGUAUCCUGCUAUUUGGGAUUGGGGGACUCCUUUGCAAAAGACUGACGAUAUGAGCUCUUUGGGAGACGACGAGGCUUUACAAUUUGAUGUUGCUCUUGGUGCGGAUUUGAUUUAUGACACAGAUUUGGUCCCCCUGCUGCUUUCGACUGUUCGAGAUUUGUUCGAGAACUAUGGAGUUGAGCAGUUCAUCAUUGCUUCGACUGUGCGCAAUGAGAAUACAUUCAACACCUUCUUGAGAGGAUGUGAAACAAACGAAUUCAAAGCAGAGCAUCUCCCAUUUAAAUCUACCGCCUCGGAAGAGCAGACUGGAUUUUUCCAUUCGACAAGUAUCCCAAUUCGAACUUAUCGAAUUUCUCGAGCAUGA